AUGAAUACACACAAACAUAAUAAUAAUAAUAAUACAGUAUCAGGCUCCGCUGCCACCAACAUGAAUGUGCAAACAGGUAAAACAAGCAGUAGAGACGAUUCCUUCUUGGAAUUGGUGAAUUCAAAUUUAUCAGAACUAGAAAAAUUAAUAGUCAAUCUUAGAAAUGAUGAAAAAUUGAAAUAUUUGAAGAGAUCAUUACCAGAUUAUUGGCAGACAAUACACCACGACGCAAUUAGUAAGACCAUUUAUGCUGUUGCAACUUCUAUAAUCAAAAUCAAGUCCAAAGGUGACAAAGAAUCCCUACCUCAAAAGGUUGCCAACGACAUUAUCAAUGAUAAUAAAUUAAAAAUCAAAGAUAUUAGUAGACAACGACGUAUACUUGAGGCUGCUUGUUCAAGGUUAAGAAGAGGUGGUAAACCAGGUUCAAAGGUGAUUAAAAUGGUUAUGAAGGAAUCCCCAGAAGCCCAAACGUUCAACAUCAACUGUCUUAGAAGGGUUAUUGCUUCCAUAUGUAAACAAAAAGACACGUACAAAGCUGCAAUUGCAAAAUGUAUGAAACAACACAAGUUUACAGUAAUCAAUAAUCUAAUGACCACUGAUAGAAACAAAGCCUUUGGUAUGUUAUCUAAAUCAAAACCUAAUAUUUUGCCCGACGAAUCUAAUCAAUCUGCUGUCAAGAAGCAAGCACACGACUUCUGGUCAAAAAAUUAUAUGCCUGACGACUUCCCAGUAGGUUCCCGUGUAUGUAGUAGUUGUGGUAUGUUUUUCAAAAAACAUGGCCAUUUCAACACUGAACAGGUCCCUCUGGUAAACGGUGAUAACCCUUACUUCGAUGGUGUCGACUUAUUCCAAGGUAUUCAAAAAGUUUCCAAAGAUACUCCGUACAAAUAUAUGGGUGUCUACUUCAAUCCAAUUAUUGAUAUUGACAAAAAUCGUGAAGUAAUAAACAGAGAAGCAAUAUCUAGGGCCAACAGAUUAUUCAAAUCCGAAUUGUCUGGUUUCAAUCUAGUCAGUGCAUUCGACUCACUUAUUGUAGGUUACCUCAGAUAUUACUGGUUUUUAGACUUUUCCCUAAAAGAUAUUAAAGCACUUUCUACUGCUAUAAAAGAAAUAAUGCGUUCUAAUGGAAUAAAACAUCCAUUCAUGUCAAAUGACUUCCUCCAUUUACCUCGUAAAUAUGGUGGAAGGGGGUUUACAAACAUAAAACAAGAAUUCAUGGUUUAUAAAAUCACUACAUUACUCAAAUUUCAUGAAAAUAUUAAAUUUUCUGUAUUUAUAGGUGAUGACUUUGGUCUUUACAAAAAUUCAAGUAUUAUGGUACCUCCUCCAUCCAGAAGAUAUGACACAGCCUGUCAUUACGCCUCAGAACUUGGUUUUGAAUUAUCAUUUGCCGCAAAUGGAAUGUGGACCGUAACUAUUCCAAAAGUCGAUGACGACAAUGUUACCACUUAUACUGUUUACUCAAACAAUGAAAAUGCAGAACAAUCUGAUAAAAUGUCAUCCAUCAUCAAACACUUUACCAAUCUUCAAUUAUAUAAACGUGUAAAAGAAGAGGAAGUAGGUGUUGCAAAGAAACGUUUGUGGAGAAGAUUUCAUGAACAUUGGAUACACUGGAUCAAAGGUUGGACUCAUAUCCCGGCUCAUAUCGAAGCAACAUUUUGGGAAGCAGUUUUGUCGUUAUUACCAAACAAAAUGUCUUUAGUUCACCGUGAUGCAAGUUCAAAUGCUGAUAGGAGAUGUAGGUUGUGUGCAAGUGCUGAUGAAUCAAUUGAACAUUUAGUAGGUGGAUGUACAGGUAUGAAUAAAUUCGGUAGAAUCACCCGUCAUGACAUGGUUGUUACUGAAAUCAUAAAAUCACUUAUUAAACGUUAUGAAAUCCCCAACAUCACAAACUUCAAGGCACCCAUCUUCUCAAACUCUUUAAAGGAAAACAAUCAAACCAUCAUCAAUGUUGAAAUCUUACGUGAUGUCUGUUUUAAAAACUCUGACUCAAUACAAAAUAAACCUGAUAUUGUAGUUAUUGAUAAAGUAAAACACAUCAUCCGUGUUAUUGAUGAUAACAUUGUUUUAACUAAAGAUGGUAAACAAGUUGACUAUGAUUAUUUGGUUGUUGCAACUGGUUUAGCUAUUCAUUGGGAUAAAGUUAAAGGAUUAAAAGAAAAUUUGGGUAAAUGGAUAUAUUUAAUUACUUUAUACUUUUUUUUAAAUAAGAAAUAG